AUCAUACAGGCUACGACACGGGUUUUUUUCCGGCCGACUUGCUUCGGACUGUUAAAGUCGGGUUUGCUCAGCUCUGCUGUCGAUCUGGGACGACCGUCGACGACCGAUGAAACCACUACAGCAGGGACUUUUCUUUGCCUUUCUUUGGCUUUUUCUUCUUAUUUGUCUUACAGGUGGCCUCCUGUCAGGCCGUGAUGAUGUGAGGAGAAGAUACCAGCACAGCAACGGCACAGACGACAAAACAUGUGAGGCGUUCAGGUUCAGGUUCAGGUUCAGGUUCAGGUUCAGGUCACAUUACCAGAGAUACCAGGAAUCAUCGAUGUACUUAAUGUAAUGGCCUCUCCGAGGACGGGGCUUUAUGGCUCCCAAAGAAACAAAAGUUGUAAUCCCAUUUAACAAUU